AAACAAGUUGUGGAUGUCUAAAUACCAGAUCUAGAGGUCGAAAACAAGUUGUGGAUGUCUAAAUACCAGAUCUAGAGGUCGAAAAACAAGUUGUGGAUGUCUAAAUACCAGAUCUAGAGGUCGAAAACAAGUUGUGGAUGUCUAAAUACCAGAUCUAGAGGUCGAAAAACAAGUUGUGGAUGUCUAAAUACCAGGCGUUGAGGUCUAAAUACCAGCUGCAGAGGUCUAAAUACCACAGCUGGAGGUCUCUUGUAGCAGGGUAAGGUGUUAAUAUUGAAAAUGGAGCUGCAUCCAGUUUUAGAGACAGACACCAUCCCUAACCCAGAACUGUGGUUUGUUGUCUCUGCGAUGGGGGACUGCCCAAGCUUGCGGGUUGGACACACAUGCGCAUACAUAAAAGGGGAUGACAAGCACUCUGGGAAAGUUUAUGUUAUUGGAGGAGCCAAUCCGAGCGGUCCAUUUAAUGACACCUAUGUUUUAGAUUUACAAACUUUAUCUUGGGACUUCUUUGAGAGUCCAGGUCUUCGACCACGUUAUGAACACGCUGCAUUUGUUCCCAGAAGUGAACCAACGAAAAUUUAUGUGUUCGGUGGAGCUGACCAAUCGGGAAACAUGAACGAUGUGCAGGUGCUGGACACAACAACAAAGGUGUGGAGUUGUGUGAGCGUCCAGGGAUGUCCCCCUUCUGCCAGAACUCACCACACGUCAGCAGCUGUGGGAGACCGGCUGAUCAUCUAUAGCGGGGGACACUGCGGGGCUGACCCUGUCGGCGACAGGAAGGUACACUGUUUUGACGCCUCCACCUGCUCCUGGGAAGUCAUUCCAGUCAAGGGCGACUCUCCCAAACCACGGCAUGGACACUCCAUGGUUGCCGUAGGUAAUAAAGUUUACCUUCACGGUGGAAUGGCUGGUAGCACGUUUUAUGAUGACUUCCACGUCCUUGACCUUGACAAAGGGUCAUGGGCGAACGUGCGACGGAAGGGCGUGUACCCGAGUCCUAGGGCAGCACACAACAUGGUCAGCUUCGACUCCAGUAUCUUUGUGUUUGGAGGGAUGAAUCAAGAUGGCGCCUUGGAUGACAUGUUUAAAUUCAGUACAGAGUCAAAUAUCUGGAGUAAGGUGGAGCUUCAGGGCCCGCCCCCAGCGUGUCGCCUCGACUUCAGCGUGUGUACGAUAGAGCUGAAGCGCACAGUGCGAGACGAUGAGGACAAGAGGUCAGCUGACCUUCUGGUUGCUGGAACACAGGCUCGAGACAUCUUGGAAAGGGAACUGACUAAACCAGGCAGUGCUAGCUCACAGGGUAGUCGAUGUGGAUCAGAGUCGUCCUUUGGACCAUACGUUGUGAACGAGCAUUCUUUGACGGAUGCCAACAACUCCAAUGAAUCAACAGAUCAACAGGAAGUAGAGGGCGCCACCUGCGAUAGCCCUCAGUCCCAUGGAGCAACUGCUGGCGAGACAUUGCAGACGUACAAACUGUGUUUAAUCCAUGGUGGUAUGGACACAGAGGGCCAGAUAUUUGAUGACACUCUCGUCUACUUGUUGAAGUAGGAAUGUUUUCCUUCAACAAAACAAAGAGCUUCAUUCAUGUGGCAUGCUGUUUAAUAUAGUCCGUUAAUUUAUUUAGAAAUAUUGCAUUUUGAGCUCUGCUGGUCAUUCUAGAGGAGACGUUGACAAAGGUUUUAAACUGCAUAUAAUGUUUUAGAUGAAGAACAAAAGUACUCUCUUAGGUUCUUCUCUAAUAUGUUGUGAAAAUUUAGCUGUAAAUAAAUUGUCUGGUCUAUCGCAUAUUGAGGGUGACGCUGGUGUGAAGUAAGACUAGAAGUCAAUAUUACGUCAAAAAGUCGUUAUUCUUUAACAAAAUCGUCAAAAAGCUUUCAUUCUUUAAGAAAUCCAGGUUGUUGGUACCUUAAUGUACUGCUCUGGUACAUGUAGAGGAAUCUUUUCCGUGAAGCAACACUGAUGGGAGCUAACAAAAAUAUUCCUGCAUUUUAAUUUCUCCUCAGUUUAUUACAACUGAGAUCAUCUGUACAUCGCUGGCGAUUUGUCUCAGUGGUUGAAAUUUACUGUAGUGUCGUGUUGCUAAUUUUUAUGGUUAACUACAUCACUGUACCUAAAACCUGUCUGAAGGAAGUGAAGAAAUAAAUUGAAUUUACUGUAUUUCUUCAACAUUAUCACAUGUUUGCCAGGUGUUUACUUCAGCAUAAUCUGAAGACAUUAUCCUGUGUUGACUGAUAAAAUUACAUGUUUUGUGAAGCCCUCAAACUGGCCAAUCCAUCCAAUGUAGUUUUAUCUCCAAGAUAAACUUCAAAAGGUGCAUAAAUUGCAGUGAAAGUUGCUCUGUCACAUGUGAAAAGGUUGAGCAAUUUGGCUAAUUACAUAAAGUGCAUGGCAUCUAAUGGUUUCACAUUGCAUUGUAGUACCAUCUGUUGCUGACAGUCAGAUUGAGCCGGCUGUAAAGUGUUCAUGAUUUCUGUGAGGUAUGAAGUUACAGGUCACUCACAGCCAUAGAUUUAGCCAGAUAUUUGAAAUCAGGCUGUCUCAUUUCCAAAUAUCGCCCUAUUUUCACUGUAUCUCUCUCAUGUUAAUUUUGUCACAAUAGGGCGUCUCAAAGACACCGAGACACCCCUCUGGCUAAACCUACGUGUAGACAAGGUAUCACAUGGCAGGUAGCUCAAAGACACCGAGACACCCCUCUGCCAAACCUAUGUUCACAAUGUACUUACUACUUUUUUACACUUGCAUAUAACACACAGAUGCUAAAUUUAAAAAAUUCUACUGCCAAUUUAUUUAAGACAGAGACAUGAAAUUUUUACAUUUGCGUACAUUUGUAUACAUUUGUGUGCCAUUAGAUACAUCUACUUAUACUCUAGAAUAAUUGAUAGUUGCUCCUGGGCAGUACAUCUGUACUUGUACCUUUUUUAUUUCGUUCAGUGAAAUAGUUAAGUCUCAAAUUCUAGUAUUUCUCAGUGAUUUUCAUUAUUUUUCAGUUAUUGACGAGUUUUACUCUUUCAUUGUUAUUUUUUUAAGUGUGAGCUUUGCCAAAGAUCUCAUUUGUGAGAAUAAGAUAUCCUGUUGAUACGGAUCAUCAGAUAUUCAUGAAGUGUCUGUCAUGUGUGCAUGGUUGUAGAUAGAGUAAAAUAAGAAUCCUUUGUACGUAUGAAACACCUUGAGAUUUGCCAAAGGAUAAAAACAAGAAAACCAUUGAUUCUGUAUAUGGUAUUCAUUCAAUAUAUAGGUGUAGAUAUUUGUUAAUUGAGCUCACAAAGUGUUACUCUGAGUUGUCAUUUUGUCUGGUCACAUGACAUGAUUAUGAACUACAUUUGCAUGAACAGUAGACUUGAACUGUGGUACAUUUUAUUGACUGUUGCCCCAUAAAUCAACAUUUUGGCGAUAAUUUAAAUUUUUCCUCAGUAUUACAUGUACUGCCACAAGUGAAUGGCUAUUUCUUUCCUCCGCGGUCUGUUUAUUAGCAAGUUAUCUCAAAAAUAUUAGAAUGUUUUCAUGAAAGUUUGUGUUAAUUGUACUUUUUGUGCAGGGACAGGAUGAGUUUGACAAUGGGAGAUAACUUGCGGUCCAUGUGUCCUUGCAGGAGGUGAUCUCCUCUUGAGUGGUUUCUGAUAGAACUUAUUUUGGUGGGUUCCAUGUAUUUGUUAAACCUUUUGUCUGAGUGGUUUUGUAAAUGAUAAUCUUUGACGACCGAUGUGUAUAAUGAUACUCUAAAUGUACAGUUUGGUUCAGAAUACUUACAUUUAUGUGCUUAAACUGUCUAGCUACAAGGUUAGCAUUUCAAUCAAGAUUCUUUUACUUUAUCACCAAUGGUUUUCAGAUAUUAUUUUAAAGAGAUAUUAGCGCUUUACCAUUCUUCGUAUCAUUGAAAACUUACUGCACAUCAUUGAAAAAUUAUCCUACUGCACAGACAACUUACCGUUCUGUUCCUUACCAAGUGUUCACCAUUCUGCCCAUUAUUGACAAUUUACCAUUGUGCACAUUAUUGACAAUUUACCAUGGUGCACAUUUUUGCAUGUCCUUUGUAUGUUUGAUUCUUCUGGAAGGUCUGCUAUACAUGCAUGUCUUUUAAAUGUUAGGCUCCAAAUUAAUUUCGCACACACAUUCAUGGCCAUCCUGACUUAAGAGAAUGCUUUCUGCUGAUUGUAACUCAAUAUACAUCUAUGAAGAUAUACAGGAAUUUAAGCAUUUUGUGUGUAAAUUUAAACACAUACAAAUUUUUUUUAAGAACCAUCAACCAGAGCUGUAACAAUUUUAUCAGGACAUCUGACUUAACGAUCUUCAGGAUUGCAACAAACUGAUCAGGACACUUAUAACUUAACCAUCUUCAAGAUUGUAACAAACUGAUCAGGAUACUUACAACUUAACCAUCUUCAGGAUCGUAACAGACUGAUCAGGACACUUAUGA